AUGUUAGCGGAAUACCAAGAAAAUUUGCUAUUAGAAAAUGAGCCAUUAGUCCUUUUUGCUACGGUGGGAACUUUUAACCAAAAAGAUAAAGAAGCCGGCAAUCGCCAAAUCUAUCAGUGUAAAUUAGACGAACAAAAUCAAAGCACUUGGGAAAGUUUAAAAAAUCGCGGUCAGCGACCAAUUUUUAUUGUCUAUGAUGAAGGCCAUAAUUUAUCCGACCAACAAACUGAUUUAUUAUUAGAAUUGAAACCAGAAGUAUUUUUAAUGGCAAUGCCAACUAAUGAAGUAGUGGAAGCUGGUUUAGUGAAAAAAGUAAUUCAAUUAGCCAGUUAUGAAAACCCUCGGGAAGAAACAAUUUCCUCGUUAAUAGAAGAUUUAAAAGUAAUUGAAAAACAACUCCAUAAUAAUUUGCCGAACCAAAGACCCAAAGCCAUUUAUGUUUGUCGCACUAAUGUUUUAGAAUUUGACCCUUCCUUGCAAGAUAAUAUUCAGCAAAAUUUUACGGAAAGAAAAGCCCCACCGAUUUUAAUUUGA